AUGACUACAGUGGGAAAAAUUAUUCACAAAGAUGGUUACUCCCUUGAAGAGUGCUUGGAGUUCGUUGUCAUCAUCUACAGCAACACCUUGCAGUCGAUCCUAGCCAUUGUGAGGGCCAUGAGCACACUCAACCUUUCUUAUGGAGAUGCUCACAGUACCUGUUUGCUGCAGGAUGAUGCAAGGAAGCUGAUGCACUUAGCAGACACCAUCGAGGAAGGCACCAUGCCAAAGGAGCUGUCUGACAUCAUCCUGAGGUUGUGGAAGGACUCGGGCAUCCAGGCGUGCUUUGACAGAGCCUCCGAAUACCAGCUCAACGACUCUGCCGGAUACUAUCUGAAUGACCUGGAGAGGCUGGUCAAGCCUGGCUAUGACCCUACUGAACAGGACGUCCUGCGAUCAAGAGUGAAGACCACCGGUAUCAUCGAGACCCAGUUCUCCUUCAAGGACAUCAACUUCAGGAUGUUUGAUGUGGGCGGUCAGCACUCGGAGAGGAAGAAGUGGAUCCAUUGCUUCGAAGGUGUGACCUGUAUCAUCUUCAUCGCUGCUCUGAGCGCAUACGACAUGGUGCUGGUGGAGGAUGAUGAAGUGAACCGGAUGCAUGAGAGUCUCCACCUGUUCAACAGUAUCUGUAACCACCGUUACUUCGCCGCCACCUCCAUUGUACUCUUCCUCAACAAGAAGGACGUCUUCGUGGAGAAGAUCAAGAAAGCUCAUCUGAGCAUGUGCUUCACUGAUUAUGAUGGCGAGACAGCAUUUUGUCUGCAAACAAAAAUAUAA